AUGCAUCCAAAGCAAACCGCUGCCCUUCUGGCAGCUAUCCUGUCAGCCUCCAAAGUAUCAGCGCACGGCCACGUCUCCAACAUCGUGAUCAACGGCGUCAGCUACAAAGGCUGGGACAUCGGCGCCGACCCCUACAACCCCGACCCACCCGUGGUCAUCGCCUGGCAAACGCCCAACACUGCCAACGGCUUCGUCGAGCCCGUCGCCUACGCCACAGAUGACAUCAUCUGCCAUCUCGACGCGACCAACGCGCGCGGCCACGCCGUCGUAGCAGCAGGCGACAGCAUCAGCCUGCAAUGGACCCCCUGGCCAGAGAGCCACCACGGCCCCAUGAUCGACUACCUCGCGCGCUGCGACGGCAGCUGCGAGACCGUCGACAAGACCACGCUGAAGUUCUUCAAGAUCGGCGGCGUCGGCCUCGUCGAUCCGGACCCUGUCCCCGGUGUGUGGGGCGCGGACCAGAUGAUCGCGAAUAACAAUUCCUGGAUGGUGCAGAUCCCGCCUACUAUCGCGCCGGGCAAUUACGUUCUCCGCCAUGAGACGAUCGCCCUGCAUGGUGCGGGGAGUGAGAACGGUGCGCAGAACUACAUGCAGUGCUUUAAUCUGGAGGUUACGGGCUCCGGGACUGCUAAGCCGGAGGGUGUUCCGGGCAAGGAGCUGUACAAGGCGACGGACCCGGGUAUUCUGGUCAAUAUCUAUGAGUCGCUCGAAUAUGUUGUGCCUGGGCCGUCGGUUAUUCCGGCUGCGAAGUCUAUUGAGCAGUCUAGCUCGACGAUUACGGCUUCGGGGACGCCUGUGACUGCCGCCGCUCGUCCUACUGCGGUAUAG